CCCUCAGACUUCAACCCUCACACUUCAAGACUGCCUUACCAGCUCCUCGGUGUCAUCUUCACUACAAACACCAAGAUUGUUCUGCAGCACCUUUGUCAUCUUGACCAAAGAGGAAACCGAAAAUGUUUGUCAUCGUCAAAGUGUUUAUGCUUCUGGCUGUCGCGGCCUGCGUCGCUAAAACACAGCCCAGUUUAUCAAACGAGAACUGUUUGUGUAACCGUGUGAGGAACACUCUUAUCAAGUCAGAAGGUGUCAGGGACAUCCAGAUUUACCCACCAACAGUUUUCUGCAGCAAAAUGGAGAUUGUUGUGACAUCCAACAAAGGUCGUCGCUUCUGCCUGGACCCCAACAAAAUAACAGUGCAGACUCUCAUCCACAAUAUCAUGAGAAAAGUCAAGCCAACUCCAGUCACUUCCACCGCCAACAUCGGACUUUCUCUUUAACUCCAUGGACGAAUGUCAACACGUGACCUCCAAACGCCAUAUCAAGCACCUUAAAUGAAUGUUACUGUGAACUAUUUGUGUCAAUUUGUCUGUCUCUAAUUAUAUGUCUUUUAUUGAAUAAAUAUAAUAAUAACAUAAAUAAAAAAAGACUGUUAAAGACUGUUG